CAACAGCUAUCAGCCAGAGCAACAAUUGAUUUAAUCACCUAGUCUGUAUUCUCUCGUUUAAAUUUGUACGCAACAGCGUCGCUAAACCGUUCAUGAAAUCCGUAGUUCUCGUUAUCUGAAACAGAUGGACAACGGUCAAGAGCAUCGGAACACAAUCUAAUAAACAUUAUACAAAACGCUAGCGAUCUGGGCAUUAUACAGAUUUCGUUAUCAUAGCAUUGAAUCGUUGUGUACCAUUAUAGUAGGUAUUUUAUUAAACCGUGUUGCUUAACAAUUAGUACCAGCAAUUACUGGUUUUCUGUGCGUAUGUUUACUUUUUCUAUACAUUCUCGUGUGUGGUGUGUUUUCUAGCAGAAUGGAUAGUUGCAUGACGACUUCGGGUGAAAUGGAGGAUUCGGAUUCACAUAUUAUUUCACCUGAAAAUAACAUUGAUCAAAUAAAAUCUGAUAGUUGUAUGACGACUACGUGUGGAAUGGAGGAUUUGGAUUCACGUAUUAUUUCUCCUGAAAAUAACAUCGAUCAAAUAAAAUCGGAUAGUUGUAUAACGAUUUCUGGUGAAAUGGCAGAUUUGGAUUCACGUAUUAUUUCACAUGAAAAUAACAUUGAUCAAAUAAAAUCGGAUAGUUGUACGACGACUACGUGUGUAAUGGAGGAUUUGGAUUCACGUAUUAUUUCUCCUGAAAAUAACAUUGCUCAAAUAAAAUCGGACAGUUGUAUGACGACUACGUGUGGAAUGGAGGAUUCGGGUUCACGUAUUAUUUCUCCUGAAAAUAACAUUGAUCAAAUAAAAUCGGAUAGUUGUAUGACGAUUUCUGGUGAAAUGGCAGAUUUGGAUUCACGUAUUAUUUCACAUGAAAAUAACAUUGAUCAAAUAAAAUCGGAUAGUUGUAUGACGACUAUGUGUGUAAUGGAGGAUUUGGAUUCACGUAUUAUUUCACCUAAAAAUAACAUUGAUCAAAUAAAAUCAGAUAGUUGUAUGACGACUUCGGAUGAAAUGGAGUGUUCAGAUUCAUGUAUUAUUUCACCUGAAGAUAACGAUCAAGGAAAAGUGGAUAGUAGUAUGACGACUACGUGUGUAAUGGAGGAUUUGGAUUCAUGUAUUAUUUCCCCUGAAAAUAACAUUGAUCAAAUAAAAUCGGAUAGUUGUAUGACGACUUCGGAUGAAAUGGAGUGUUCAGAUUCAUGUAUUAUUUCACCUGAAGAUAACGAUCAAGGAAAAGUGGAUAGUAGUAUGACGACUACGUGUGUAAUGGAGGAUUUGGAUUCACGUAUUAUUUCACCUAAAGAUAACACUGAUCAAGAAAAAUUGGAUAUUUUUAUGACGACUACAGGUGAAUUAAAGGAUUUGGAUACCAGUAUUAUUUCACCUAAAGAUAACAUUGAUCAAGGAAAAUUAGAUUGUUGUAUGACAACUUUGAGCGAAUUGGUGGAUUCGGAUACCCGUAUUAUUUCACCUGAAGAUAACAUUGAUCAAAGAUUAGAGGGUAUUUGUAUGACGACUUUGAACGAAUUGGAGGAUUCCAAUAUCUGUAUUAUUUCACCUAAAAAUAACACUGAUCAAGGAAUAGGAGAUAUUUGUAAGAUGACUUCGAACGAAGUGGUGGAUUCGGAUACUUGUAUUAUUUCACCUGAAGAUAAUACUGAUCAAGGAAAAUGGGAUGUUUGUAUGACAACUUCAAUUAAAUUGGAGGAUUUGGAUUCACAUAUGAUUUCACCUGAAAAUAAUACUGAUCAAGAAAAUCUUGAUAGUUGUAUGACGACUUCGAGCGAAUUGGAGGAUUCAGAUUCCCGUAUUAUUUCUGCUGAAGAUAACACUGAUCAAGGUGAUCAAGAUUUAAAAGAAAACAUUGAUGCAUACAUUGAUAUUCACAGUAUUUGGCAAUGUAUGAAAAGAAUAAAUUCAAACUUGGACUUUUUAGCACAGAAAUUUAAUGAUGUACAAUCUGAUAAAGUACAAGAACAAGCUAAAAAAUUACCAGCAUCAACAAUAGACAGUUACAAUUUUUUAUUAUUGUUUCCAUUAAAAAAAAUAGAAGAUGUUAUUGAACUCGAAUCAAGACUAUUAGAUGAAAGUUCACAUUUCUAUAAAAAGUUUAUUUCAUUUAUCACACCUAAAGAUCAUGAUAAGCUCGGGUUAAAUUUGAAAAGCUUUGUUAGAACAAUUUUACGUACAUUGUUUACUUAUAGUUUAACGAGCAACUAUUCUUGGCGUGGAUUUCGUGGGAAUUUUCAAAUUGGAAAUUUAAAAAUCAUCAAAAUUAUUUUUGAUAUAUCAAAAACCAAAUACAAACACGUUACAAAGCAUUGUGUUAAUUCGUUCAUCAAGGAGUGGAUCAGAUAUGCCAAACAACGCCAUAAACAAUUAAACAAAAUUAACGAUUUCUAAACUUUUACUACUAAAUAUUUCUUUAUUAUUUUUAAGUUAUUAUUUUUUCCUGAAUAUUUGGUGCAUAGAUUAAUUUAGAAAUUACGAGAAGUUGUAAAUUAAACCUGUGGAUUAAUUCACUGAUGCUGUUAUAGUGUCGGUAAAUCAAAAUGAUCAUUAAUUGUCUGCCAUGAGCUUUGUUUAAUAUUCAGCUUAUAUCUGUAUAAUAAGUAACCUUAAUUUUGGUUAGUUAUCUAUUAAAGAAUAUGUUGUAACACUUAAGACAAAACAUAUACACUUAAAAAAAAAAAAAAUGUUUUAAUGAUAAUUUAGUAUGAAAGAUAAACUAUUAAGAAAUAAAAGGUGUCUUAUAGUAAAAUAUUUUCUAAACAAAAUGUUUAACUCAUCUCUCAUUUAAUUAUUUUAUAUUUAAUUAAAAAAACAAUAAUUGAAUAAGUAUUUAAUGUAUUAUGUAUGCUUGAUAAUUAACAAUAAUUUGUAAUAUUAAAAAUUAUUAUGAUAAACAAAUCAUAACAAUAAACUAUAAACAAUAAUUGCUUAUGAUUGUAGUCCCCUCUGAAUACUCCUAAAAUUGUAUAUAUUUAUAUAUUACUUUUUUAUUUAUAUUUACUCGUCUAAUUGUGGUUGUAUGACACGAGAAAAAAAAUUUUAAACGAGUUAAAUAUAUAUUAUUAGAUGACAAAAUUGUAAUAAUUAGUAUUCUACUGUGGUAAAAAAAUAACAACUUAAGUAUUACCAAUUGUAAGCUGUUUAAAUCCACUAUUAAAAUAUGACAUGAUAACUAUAAUAAUAUUGUACCUGGUAACUACCAUUGCUUGAUUUUGACAACUCCCUCAGAUGUUUUCUAAUGUUUGUUUAUAAUUCAAUACUCUCCAUAAUCAGAUUUUGUAUAAAUUAUUAUUAUUAUUAUUAUUCUUUUUGUACAAUGGCAAUUAUAAGACAUUGAAUAAUAUAAAAGGAAAAAUAUUUAUACAUAUAAUGUAGGGGUGAACUAACCUAAUGUACAACCAAAUAAAUUAAUCUAUUUAAUGUUUUACCAAGAGCAAUGCAUUCAAAAAAACAUUGUAUAAUUAGAUUACAAUGAUUGAUGUUAAUAGUUAAUGAACUAUAGAUUUUAAAUUCUUGUAUUAAAUUAAAUUACAUUUUUUCUA